AUGGGUAGAUUCACAAACACCUUCUUACCCGAGUACAAACAAAUUUUAGUUGAACACGUAAAAGAUUUGUCCAAUAGAUGUCUGCCGUUGGUGAAAAAGGAAUUUCUCAAGUUAGCUUUCGAUUUGGCUGAAGCUUUGAAGAUUCCUCAUCGUUUUAAUAAGGAAAAAGGUGUUGCCGGGAAGCACUUUUACUACGAUUUCAUGCAAAAGCAUCCAGAUAUAUCGCUGAAAACACCUGAGUCGACGAGCAUGAUGCGAGCCGUAGAGUUUAACAAACCACAAGUAGAUCUUUUUUAUGAUAUCUUGGAAAAACUGAUGACGCAAUAUAAAUUUCAACCUUCCAAUAUUUAUAACUAUGAUGAAACUGGAGUGAGCUGCGUGUAUAAACAUCAAAAAGUUCAAAAAAAAGGUUGUAAAAGGUUGUACGUUAAGUAG